GACGGAGAUCGUUUUUGUUUUAAAACCCCGGUUUAAAAUGAAAACAAAGUUGUGUAGACAGGGCCAGAGGAACCGCCUCAGCCUGUAACUUGCAAAAGCCUCAGCUCCUCCCUUUUUAAUGAAAAAAAAAAGCAAGUCUCAAAUUUCCCCACUUCCUCUUUCCACCCACAACAUUCCCUUCCCGUUAUCAUUCACACUGCUUCUCUGCAUGAAAAACUAAACACAAGCCUAACACAGUGUGGCAAUGGAGGAAACUGAGUCAACAACCAGAGACAGAACAACAGGACAUGAUGGGAAUCAGGUGGCAGACAACAUGCUACUGAUGUCCAGCAAACCUCUGCAUCGCUUCGUUCAAAAAGAGCCCAAAAGUCUCGGGAUUGCCAUUCUCAUCUUUGGCUGUGCAGAGAUACUGAUGGGAUUUGUGCUGGCCAAAUCAUCUAAGUACACUUCUUAUGUAAUCUACACCCCCUUCUGGCAGGGAGCUCUGCUUCUUCUCUGUGGAAACCUGUCCAUCUACACUGAGAUACAUCCAUCAAAGAAGAUGGUGACUGUAUGUUUGGCUAUGUAUGUGGUUUCCCUUUUGGGACUUGUGGUCUCUAUUGGCUACCGGAUUAGCAUCUUUGGCUAUCUCAACUACUUGAGGUCCAGAAGAUUUCCAUACAGCCAUAACCAGCUGUUUGGUAUUGAAGUCAUAUUGUUCACUUCCUCUCUGUGUGUGUCGGUGCUUCUCAUCUUCUUGUGUGCUGUUGCGCGGAUGGCUCUGAAAUCCACACGCACCCAGGUCAUCAUCCAGCACAUCCAACAUCCACUGAGCGAAACAACAUCAAACUAAUCUCAGCCUUUUACGGUAUUAUUCUACAAUUACUAACACUGGUUUCCUGCAGCGCACCUAACCUGUGAACAUGUCCUCAUAGUGUACAGUAAAGUGUAUCACACGUGGAUGGUCCACCACCUAGUGGCCUAUAAAGCUCAUACGCAUCUAUUUUUUGUUACCUACAUCUGCACUAAGCUUCAUUCUACAGUCUGUGUAGCUGCAGUAAAGAAUGCAUUACUGAACCACAUUAUUUUGCUUUUGGUAAAGUUUGCUUCAGAAUCAAAGUGAUUUUUGUUGUCGUAUGGGAGAGGAAAUAUUUCACAUGCACUUAACAUUUAACACAUGUACUUCCUGUAUGGGUCCUAUAGUAGUGAACACAGUUAUGGUACAAUGUGAAUAAAAGCCUCAAGGAACAGGUCUUUCAUACUGUUACUGAUAUCUAUCAAUUAGGUCAAUUGCAUUCUCUCCAUGAUAAUAUUAUGUCACCUAACAACACUGGUCAGGGUUCAUUGUUAAAGUUUUUAAUGGUUUUUUUUUUUCACUUGCCUGAUCAGGAAUCCACUUGCUCAAAGUCAAUUUUAACUUUUUCCUUUACAAACUAUUUUAGGAUCAAAGUUCAAGGUGCAUUUAGGCGCACAAGUAGUAUGUCCCAAUUAAAUGCAUACUGCUCGCAACAGUCCCUACUUUGUAAGUGCAGCUACAGUAUGUACGAAACGUAAAAAGAAACAGUAUUCUAUUUGGAACGCAGUGUUUGUCUUUAGCCACCAAUUAUUCACCAAUGUGCAACUCUCAACGGGAGAUGACAAAAAAGUGAGAUAGCUCUCUCCUAAGCUUUACUUCCAUAAUCAUUUCCGGACAAAACAAUGUGUUUAAUUAUCGUGUGUGUGUGUAAGUGUGAGAAUUUAUAUUUUAUAUUGUGGCCACUUACUGUUAGCCUUAACCCUUAUGUCAUCAAUAUGUUUGAUCAUUGUCUACGUUUCCUGCAUUAUUAUUACAGCUUGUUCAGUAUAUGGACAUUGCAACUUUUGAUAAUCAAUGUGAACCUCUGUAUACACUUACCUGCAGAUAUUUUACAGUGGGAUAUAUUUUGCAGACGUGGGCUCCGUGAUUUGUUAACAGGACAGCGCUUAUGUGAUUGCAAUUUAAGAUUUACAGUAUAUUUUGCAUACAUUUGGCUUGUAAUAUUCUUACAGACAUCCAUCAAGUAUAUUGUUCAAAGUGUAUGACUUAAUGUAUAUGGUGAUAUGUGUUCAUCUACAUGACUGUGAUAUGAAGAGCCUGCAACUAACCGGUUGCCUUGUGAAUGUGUGCAAAACACAGAUUUAAAUUUAGCUUUAGCUUAUCAGGUACAAUACAUGUAAUGUAUAUUGUCUUUGUUAAAUGAACAAUAAAAUUAUAAUGUUUUAAAUGCUCAGAUUAAAUCAUAUACAUAUUCUUUAUAUAACAUUUUGGUCACUUCAUUUAUUUCCAGUCAUUCCUUCGAGUAGACAAACAAUUUAUUUUAAUGGAAGUCCUCCCCUGGUGUGGGAAGAGAAAUCCAGCAGAGGCUUCUCUUGUUGCCAUAUUUGGUCCAUGUGCAUAAUUGUUUUAUUUUUUAACAUUCACAAUAUUUAUGUUCAUAUGAUAUAUCUUGU